AUGGUCCUGAGUGUUGGGGGCAAAACUCUGGUAUGCCAUGAUCCCCGCGUCGUGCCAGAAACAACUAUCUGGCUUCGUGGAAACCCUAUAAUGUCCCCAACAUCACUUCUAUUGGUGCAAAUUUCUUUAAUUUCCUUAGUCUCGAUCCUAAUAAACACCUGUCUCAGGCCUCUUGGACAGUCAAGCGUUGUAUCACAGAUUUUUGGUGGUAUGGUGUUUGGGCCAUCCCUUCUAGGGGAUAAAGAUGUCAUGUCAGCAACACUGUUCCCACUAAGAGGCAGCAUGGUGAUUGAAACAGUUGCUACAUUUGGCCUCAUGUUCUUCCUAUUCGCAGUAGGAGUGACGAUGGAUCCUGUCAGUAUAAUUCGGCCAGGAAAAAAGGCCUUGGCCAUUGCAUUUUCAUCAUUCUUCUCAACACUCGUAGUCUGUGGUUCAUUAGCAUUCCUCCUUACCCAACAUCUUGUUAUGCAAGAUCAAAACUGGCUCCCCCUCAUCGCCUUAUCGCAAUCUUUCUCAGCUUUUCCAGUCGUGGCUUGCCUCUUAACCGAGCUAAAGAUGCUAACCAGUGAUAUUGGCCGUUUAACCCUCUCUACCUCAAUGGUUUGUGAUGCACUUGGUAUUUCUUUGUCGGCAAUUACUAUAGCAUUUGCUGGAAAUGGCAACAGUAAACUAGCACCGCUAUGGUCAGUUGGAUCAAUGGUUGCACUUAUAGCUGCUGUUGUACAUAUCGUAAGGCCAAUAUUGCAACGGAUGAUAAAACGUGUACCAAGUGGGAAACCCAUCGGCGAGAGCUGGAUUUGUGCCAUUUUCGUUACAGUUCUUUUGACGGGGCUUUUGAGUGAGGUAAUUGGGCAGCAUUAUGUUUUGGGGCCAUUAGCUUUGGGCAUUGUUGUUCCUGAAGGACCACCCCUUGGAGCUUCCUUGGUAUCAAAGCUUGAUGCUUUUUCUUCAGGGCUUUUCUACCCAAGUUACCUUGCCAUUAGUGGGCUGAGGACCAACAUCUUCAAAGUUCAUUUCCAGAGUUUUUGGGUUGUGGCGGUUAUUGUUCUCUCUGGUUGCAUGGUCAAGAUGUGUGUGGUUAUGGUAGUAGCCAUCUAUAAUGAGAUGACCGUAAGAGAUGCUUUUAUUGUUGCGCUUAUUAUGAACGCCAAAGGCGUCAGUGAGCUUAUGCUUUACAACGUGUUUCGGAACGCUCAGGUUCUCACAGAUGAAGGAUUUACUCUGGCAGUGAUCGUAGUGAUGGUGAUAACUGCAAUCAUAACGACAUUAAUAACAUUCUUCUAUGACUCUUCCGGGCAAUACACUGCAAUAAAGAGAAGUACCAUCCAACAUUGCCACCGUCAAUCAGACCUCAGAAUCUUAGUCUGCACUCACAGCCAGGAAAAUGUUUGUACAAUUAUAAAUCUUCUUGAAAUUUCCCAUGCUCCCCCAGAGACCCACAUUUCAGUAAUAGGAAUUGCCCUCGUUGAGCUUGAGGGUAGAAGACAACCUAUGCUUAUACCACACGAAGCCUCUAGAACCGAACGUACAAACACAACCGGCAGUGAUCUAAUCAUUAAUGCCUUAACACAUUAUGAGCUCCAAAGUGAAGGCAGUGCCAGCGUCGAGGCAUUCACUUGCAUUUCACCUUUCGAAAUAACUCACAAUGACAUUUGUAGGGUGGCAAUAGACAAAAGGGCCACCAUUGUGAUUGUGCCAUUUCAUAAGCAAUGGGCUAUAGAUGGUUCCAUUGAGUCAGUUAACCGAGGCAUCAAGGCAAUGAACCUUAAAGUGCUCGAAAGUGCACCGUGCUCAGUUGGAAUCCUUAUAGACCGGGGAGUCCUUAACGGGUCAAUGUCACUUGUAGUUGGUCAUCCAUUAUAUCAUGUUGCUGUAAUCUACCUUGGUGGUGUAGAUGAUGCAGAGUCACUAGCCUAUGGUGCCCGAAUGACAGAUAAUGAAAAAGUUGAUCUAACUGUCGUCCGGUUCUUAAUCUUUGGAGCUGAAAAUACUAAAGAUAGAAAGCUCGAGAGUGACUUGAUUAAUGAAUACAGGGAAGCAAAUGCAGGAAAUGAGAGAUUCGUGAUUGUGGAAGAGGUGGUAAGAAAUGGAGUUGAUCUUUCUGCAUCUAUAAGAGAAAUGGCAGAUUGUUUUGAUCUAAUACUAGUAGGGAGACACCACCAAGACUCUCCUCUUCUUUAUGGACUUGGCGAUUGGAGUGAGUGCCCUGAGCUUGGAGUCAUUGGUGAUAUGCUUGCUUCACCGGAUCUUGGGAUUACAGCAUCAGUUUUGGUGAUACAACAACAAAAAAUGGGCAGGCUAGCUGGGGUCGGUGAUAGAGAUCAACAUGUUCGUGAUGUUCUGCUCGAUGAACGCACAGGUGGGUCAUGGGCCAUAUCAAUGGACAGAACUAGUACUUCAACAAGGUUGAGGAUAUAG